AUGGCAGAAGUAAAAUUGGACGAAAAGGGCUUGGUGCCCGCAAUCGCGCAGAAUGUGAACACCGGCGAAGUGCUGAUGCUGGGGUACAUGAACCCCGGCUCACUCAAGCGCACGAUGGAAGGCGGCGAAGUCUGGUUCUUCAGCCGCAGCCGCUCGGACCUGUGGCACAAGGGCGAGGUCUCGGGCAACUACAUGCGCGUGAAAUCCGCAGCGGUAGAUUGCGACGGUGACACGCUGAUCUUGCAGGUAGAGCCUGACGGGCCCAUCUGCCAUACGGGCGAAUCCAACUGCUUCUUCACGCCAAUUGAAGAUUUCCCGGAGUUUUACCGCGAGGACACGGGUCCCGGCGUCCUGGAGGACCUCUUCGCCACGAUUCAGGACCGCAAGCAAGCCAUGCCGCAGGGGAGCUACACUACCAGCUUAUUCGAGGGUGGCGCUGCCCGUAUCGCGCAAAAGGUGAUAGAGGAGGCGGGGGAAGCAGCGAUUGCGGGCGUCAAAGGCGAUGGAGAACAGGUCGCUGAAGAAAUGGCGGACUUGUUCUACCACGCGCUGGUGCUGUUGUCGGCGUCAGGAGCGAGACCCGAAGAUGUAUGGGAAGUGCUGCGAGAGCGCGCCGGAUAG